AGCGAUUCUUCGCGGUUGCUUGCUGCGGGCAAAGAAGCAAUAACUAAUUUAUCUUGUUGGUCGUUAAACUCGUGCUGCCUCGUCUGCCUAAACUCACCGCCCAACUCGGAGAGUUUUUCCCGUCAUCCACAGCUGCUGAGUCACCCGCCUCACGUUCUGAUUCUCCCACUGGAGAAUUUUCACCCUCGUCGCCCAAGAUGACCAUGAAUCCCACGAACGCAAGUCUCUCCGGCUCGAUGCAGAGCCCUAGAUCUCAGUCUUCGCAGCCCUUCCUAUCUGUCUCAGUCACCGAUCCGGUUAAGCUCGGUAAUGGCGUCCAAGCAUAUAUCUCCUACCGCGUCAUCACCAAAACAAAUUUUCCUGACUACCAGGGACCUGAGAAGAUUGUCAUCCGACGCUACAGUGACUUUGUUUGGUUGCGUGAUCGUCUUUUUGAAAAGUACAAAGGCAUAUUCAUUCCACCUCUUCCAGAGAAAAGUGCUGUAGAGAAAUUCCGUUUUAGUGCUGAAUUUAUUGAGAUGAGGCGUCAAGCAUUGGAUAUAUUUAUAAACAGGAUUGCAUCACAUCAUGAGCUCCAGCAAAGUGAAGAUCUAAGGACCUUUUUGCAGGCAGAUGAAGAGACAAUGGAGAGAUUUAGGGCCCAUGAGAGUGGUAUAUUCAAGAAGAAGCCAGCUGAUUUAAUGCAGAUUUUUAAGGAUGUGCAGUCUAAAGUGAGUGAUGUUGUCCUUGGGAAAGAGAAGCCAGUGGAAGAAUCAACUCCUGAAUAUGAAAAGAUGAAACAUUACAUUUUUGAGCUUGAAAACCACUUGGCUGAAGCUCAAAAACAUGCAUAUCGACUUGUGAAGAGACACAGAGAGUUGGGACAAUCACUUUCAGAUUUUGGGAAAGCAGUGAAACUUCUUGGUGAUUGUGAAGGAAAUUCUCUUGGAAAGGCAUUCUCUGAACUAGGGAUGAAGUCUGAGACUUUAUCAAUGAAGCUGCAAAAGGAGUCUUAUCAAAUCUUGAUGAAUUUUGAGGAACCUCUGAAAGAUUAUGUCCGUGCGGUGCAAUCUAUCAAGGCAACUAUAGCAGAGAGAGCCAAUGCGUUCAGGAGACAAUGUGAGCUAGCUGAAACUAUGAAGUUGAAGGAGAUUAAUCUCGACAAGCUCACGCUGACACGAUCUGAUAAAGUGGCAGAAGCACAACAUGAAUAUAAUGAGUUGAAGGUAGAGAGUGAACAAGCAGCAAAGACAUUUGAAACAAUUGUUAGAUUAAUGAACGAAGAGAUAGUGCGUUUUCAGGAACAGAAAACUAAAGAUAUGGGGAUUGCUUUUCAUGAAUUUGCCAAAGGCCAGGCACGCCUUGCAAAUGGCAUUGCUGAUGCAUGGAGAAGUUUGAUUCCAAAACUGGAAGCUUGUUCCUCCUCGUAGUCAACUUCUCCACGAACCCUCCGAAGCAGAGGCGCAGUACCUCACAGCUGCUUAAAGGGUUUCAAAGUCGCAGAGACAGCUUGGGAAAAACUUGCUUUUUGGGGCCAUCGCAAGACACUACUAUGUUUUGGCUUUUGCGUGUCAUCGCUGCUUUUUUAUCGGUACAAAUUACACUUCUUGUGUCCGGGAUGUGAUUGUCUUACCACUUAUGUACAAAUUUCAAACUAGAGUUAAGAACAUGAUCAUCUUUAGAAUGGUUCUCCUCCAA